ACACGUAUUUACAACUCUGUGUCGACUCAGGAAAAUGUUUCUUCCGCGCAAACUGAAACACUGCUUGCCAAAAAACAAAAGCUAAUGCAAGCAUUUUCAGAAUAUGAAACUUCAAACAUAAAAAUGUUGUCGUUAGAUAAAAAUGCCAACCUCGAAAGCGACAUAACAGAGGUCGAAAAUAAGUACUAUAGCAUUCUCACUAUAAUAAACAAUGAGAUUAGUCGUCGUGAGCGCGAUUCCAACCAGCAAGCUUCGUCCCCAUCAUGUAAAUUAAAAUUACCAGCAAUUGAUGUGCCUGUUUUCAGUGGAAAGUUUACGGAUUACACGCCUUUCAUCAACUUAUUUAAUUCAUUGAUUGAUAGUAACAAAUCUAUUGAUUUUGUUCAAAAGCUAUACUAUUUACGAUCUUAUUUGAAAGAUGAGGCGCUAGACCUAAUAAAAAACUUACCACUGACGGCAGAUAGUUACAAUAAGGCCAUUACUCUAUUGGACAAUAGGUAUAACAAUAAGUUUAGAAUUGUAAACGAACAUAUUACCACCAUCCUUGAUAUGAAACCUGUAACAAAAUCAACAGCAAGCAAUCUUAGGGAAUUUGUUGCUACAGUUAGACAGGAACUUGCUGCAUUAUCCAACUUAGAGCCAAAUACGCAAUAUUGGGAUGCUAUAUUGUUGUGUGUUCUAUCCCGCAAACUAGAUUUGUUCACGAGCCGAGCGUACCAGCUUGAGAGGGACACCCAGCAAGAUCCAACAAUGGACGACUUCCUUGCCUUCCUGACCAAGAGGGCCCUGGCGAUGGAGAAUGCUGAACCAGGUAUCGGCCAGCAGCGGCUGCAGCAGCCCAGAGAUCCAAGGGAGCAGUAUCGAGGUCCAGCAGGCAGAGCAGUAGUUACCAAUGCUACGGCUCAACCACCAGCUUGUCUAUACUGUCCUGCUGCCGACGUCGGAGUCGCCGGAGCCUCCGAGCUUCCAGUUGGCGCCACCGCGUGAGCGUCCGCAGCAUGCAUCCUCUGCCACCGUCCAUCAGCUACGUCUAAUCAACACACACCUGGGCUACAUAGUUGGAGGCAAUUUACCCCAGCUACCUUCGUCUAAUUCUGCUGGUAAAGUUAGUUUACAAUGUUUACAGUGCAACGACGAAAUCUCUAGUAACUUAAAUAAGUUAUGGAAAACUGAAAGUGUUCCUGAAACUUUUAUUGAAACAUCUUCAGAGCAUGAGCUCUGCGAAUCUAUAUUUAAAGACACUGUACAGUUGAAAGAGAAUCGUUUUGUAGUUGCACUGCCACUUAAACUGCCUCUAGAAGAAAUUAAUGACGCUUUAGGGGACUCUUUCCAUUUUGCAUACAAGCGGUUUCUCAAUUUGGAAAAGAAGUUACAUAAAAACCCAGAUCUUUUCUCUGAAUAUCAAAAAUUCAUACAUGAAUACUUGAAUCUUAAUCAUGGCCACUAUGUUGAUAUAGAAACGAUGCAAUUAAAUAAGGAAGCAACAUAUUUUUUGCCGCACCACGCAGUACUUAAACCUGAUAGCAAAACUACUAAGCUGCGCACAGUCUUUGAUGGGUCUAUGAAGACUAGUUUGAAAGUCUCGCUCAACGAUUUACUUUUAAAUGGGCCGACAGUUCAAAGGGAUCUUUUUGAUAUUUUACUCUCCUUUCGAUUUGGUACUUUCACCUUCACUACCGACAUAAAACAAAUGUUUCGAAAUGUGAAUCUAGUCUCUGACCAUACUUCAUUACAGAACAUCCUAUGGCGCGACCACCCAGACGAGACCAUCAAGUGCAUAAGACUGACCACUGUGACUUACGGCCUGAAGAGUUCGAGUUAUCUCGCGACACGAUGUCUCAAGGAGCUCGCAUCGCGACAUGAAUGCGACCUGCCACUGGCAUCAUUCAUAAUCAGUAACUCCACUUACGUAGAUGACGUACUAUACUCACACAAUGACUUAAACACCAUUCUAGAAGCCAAGUCACAACUCCGUCAGCUAUUACAGCUCGGCAGCUUCCAGACCCAUAAGUGGUCAUCCAAUGACAGUAGAGUGAUCGAUGACAUUCCUAUGACUGAACAACACUUUGACGACCUUGACCUCGAACAAGACGACUGUAGUUUGAAGGCGUUAGGUUUGCAAUUAGUCGUCAAAAAUGACCAAUUCAAAAUUACUUGUCCAGAGCCCUUUCAUAGUGAUAAGAUCACUAAAAGAGAUAUCUUGUCCUACAUAGGAAAGUUUUACGACCCACUAGGUUUUGUUAGUCCUGUUGUGGUACAGGCCAAAGCUAUCAUGCAGAAAUUAUGGUCUUCCAAGACAGACUGGGAUUCCACGCCUGAUGACGACAUUAGGAAAGAAUGGCUCGAGUUUUCUUCCAGUCUUGCCGAGAUGAAACCAAUUUUUAUUAACAGAAACAUCUCUGUAUCAGAUGACGACAUUGUGGAACUUAUAGGUUUUUCAGAUGCUUCCAGCACGACGGCGUAUGGCUGCUGUGUCUACUUACGUGUUACCCAUCCAUCAGGCGACGUAGAUGUACGUUUACUUUGCUCCAAGUCUCGUAUCAAUCCCCUGCAGAACAAGGGUAUGACAGUCCCGCGUUUAGAGCUGAAUGCCGCGCUGCUUCUCUCCAUGCUUAUUUCCAAGGUGCGGGCUACGCUGAAUUUAAAAAUCAAAAUAAGCAAUGUUUACUUAUUUACAGACUCGCAAAUCGUACUCGCAUGGUUACACACGCAACCCAUAAAGCUCACGGCUUACGUCGCGAAUCGUGUGAAGGCUAUUACUAACAAUACAGCUGAUUGUCGUUGGCUUUACGUCAACACGAAAGACAACCCGGCUGACUACAUAAGCAGAGGAGUACGUCCACAAGAACUUGCUGACUGCGCUAUGUGGUGGUGUGGGCCGGCUAUGUUGCAUGAUCCUGGUUUUUGUUUUGAUGUCGGUUUCAGCUUACCUUUAGACAUUCCAGAGACGAAAGUUGGUCCAGCAUUCUCCAUCGGUCAGGCAGUCUCUACAGGGGUCGUUACUAAUACUGUUUUUCAACAGCUUCACAAACAUUCUAGUAUUUCUAAAAUGGUUCGUAUAAUGGCUUACGUUAUGAGAUUUAUUAAUAAUUUAAAAUCUCACAAAGUCACACGCAAGUUCCUUUCUAGCACAGAAUUAAAUUCUGCUCUAAUGUUGCUUGUCAGACAUGAACAAGAAGUUCAUUUCAGUGAGGAAAUGUCAUGUAUUAAUAAUAAUAAACCUGUUAAAGGUCCCUUGCACAGCUUACAUCCAUUCAUUGAUAACAUGGGCAUUUUGCGCGUAGGUGGUAGGCUACAUCAUUCUAAUAUACCAUACCUGCAAAAACAUCAGGCUAUUCUACCUAAAAAUUCGCAUGUUACCAAGUGCAUUGUUAUAAGUGAGCAUGAAAGGCUGCUCCAUGCAGGGCCUAAACUUUUAUUGACUAAUUUAAACCAAAAAUUUUGGAUAACAAAUGGCUUAAUGUUUGUAAAAAGUAUAACGCAUAAAUGCAUUGUAUGUUUCAGACAAAAGGCUACAGCUUCGAAGCAGUUGAUGGGCUCCCUGCCGGCCGGAAGGGUAACUGCUACAAGUCGCCCUUUCGAGAAGGUUGGAGUAGAUUUCGCUGGGCCUAUAGAUGUCAAACUUUCACGUGUGAGACGGUCGGUCACGGGCAAGGGGUAUAUUUGUGUUUACGUUUGUUUCGCCACUAAGGCAGUUCAUUUAGAGCUAGCGUCCGACCUCACAACUGAUACCUACCUAGCAUGUCUAAGACGAUUCGUUUCUAGAAGGGGACUGCCCAGUGAAAUAUACUCCGACAACGCCAGCACCUUCAAGGGGGCACAGAGCCAGUUAACUGAACUGUAUGCCUUGCAGUCCUCUCGGGACCACCAAGGGAAAGUGCAUGAUUAUUCAGCUCAACAUGGAAUCGAUUUUCAUUUUAUUCCUAGCUACUCACCUACCUUUGGUGGCCUCUGGGAGGCUGCCGUUAAAAGUACAAAGUACCACCUUAAGAGAGUAGUACAAGGUCAUUUAUUAACAUAUGAACAGAUCAAUACUAUUCUAGUAGAAAUUGAAUGUAUCUUAAAUUCGAGGCCUCUUGUCCCUUUAUCCAGUAGCGAUGUUAACGAUUACAGUUAUCUUACUCCUGGCCACUUUAUAAUUGGUAAUGCAUUAACUAUGUACCCAGAAAAGGAUGUAUCGAAUGUACCUCAAAAUAGAUUAAAAUUUUGGCAACUAUGUACUCAUGUAAAACAAUCUUUUUGGAAAAUGUGGCACAAGGAUUACCUUAAUCUCUUGCAAAAUAGACCUAAGUGGUUAGAUAUUUCUCCUAAUAUAAAAUUAGGGUCUCUUGUUAUUUUGAAGGAGGAUAAUGUUCCCACCAUGGAGUGGAAAAUGGCUAGAGUUGUAAAACUUGUACCUGGUCAUGACGGCCACGUGCGCGCUGUAGAAGUCAAGACUUCCAAUGGUCAUACUCAUGUGCGCUCCAUUGUGAAAGUGUGUGUCUUGCCCAUAGAUGACUAAUAGUGUUAUAAGAUUACUUACAGUUUACAGAUUUACAAUUUACUUUAUUUACCUUUUGUACUAGGGGCAAUACAUAUACUCUAUGUGUACUCUUUAUUUGGUUUGAUAAGCCAAGAUUUUAUGUGUAUUUCUUUUCGUUGUGUAAAAUGUAUACUUACCAAAACUUAAUUAUAAGUAAAACUCUUUUAUUUGAUGUUUAAGCUUUAUAUAAACCACAUACUUACGAACUUAAUUUUAAGGUGUGUUCCAAUUUAUAAUUAUUGAUUUAAAAUAAGGCUUAACUUCGUUAUUGCUUGUAACUUAUUUUUAUGCAUACAUUAGUACUUGUGUGUUUCCCUUUAGCACAUAAUUUGUAGCCUUACGCAUGUUAGGUAACUUAGGUUUUAACUUAAAUGUUUUUUUAUGACUUAGAAGUGUAUUUGUGAUAGGUCAAAUUUAGAUAUUUUCAACCUAAGUUCUUUGUGAUAGACUUAGCUAUAUCUUAAUGGCACUUAGUUCUUUUGUGAGGCCGCAACAUGUUGGCAACACCAACACAAUUUAAAAAAUAAAAAAUAUAGUUUGUUAGUCUGACGUCACUUCCUGUUACAUUUCGUCCAUCAUCGUUGUAAGCUCCAUUUGUUGCUCGCAUAAUUUACGCGAAAUAAAAGUGUUUAUUCAAGUC